AUGGAGUGGCAGUUCGUCGCCGCGGACGAGGCCAAGGAGUUUCGCGCGGCAUCUCUUCGCCGCCAGCUUGCAGCAGCUGAUCCAGAGCACGCACAGAUGGCAAAGGAGCGCGAGCAGGCGGCCAAGGAGCGUGACCUCCGCGCUCAGGGGCAAGCCCUUGCAGCCGCCCUCCAGUCUUCUUCCGCGGAGCACCUCAAGGGCUUGCAGACGGUCAAAUCGUCGGACAGCAAAGAAGUACUGAUCAAGGCCGUGCUGAAGUCUAUCAAGAAAAAGAACAUCGUCGGGAGUGUGAACAAGGUGUUCAAGAGUGCUAGUGUCAAAGUGCCAGACGAGCCGCAGAGCAAAGCAGACAUGUUCCUAUCGACCAUCAAAG